AUGCUAAAUAAAGAACCCACGGUUUAUGUUGCGAAGAAUGGGGGCGUUGAAGAUGCCGACAAGGACUUGGCACGGAGUCUCACCGUCUGGAUCCGGGCCAUCGCUGUUACCACGAAGCGACCGACCAUCGAGAACGAUGCUAUGUGGGCAAAGCUUUUGAACUACUACAAGCAACGCCUAGAUAUCUACGCGGCCCAGAUCGCGUCGUCUUCCGAAUUAGAGGUUGCUGCCGCUUUUGAUGGAGGGUCGGAUGGAGCUGCACUUGCAAGAGAGCUGCACGGCUUGUCCGUCAAAUACGAAGCGGACGAGUCCGUUGCUGUGCUUCAGGACAUGGUAUUCGCUGCAUACAGCCUACGUCAUGAGCCUGCGUCCGCCACACCGGCUCCCAGCGGGAGACGGUUAAUGAAUUCGGUUCACUUCCUGGGCCGGCUCAGAUCAGCAUACGAAGCAUUCAAAGAGGCCGCCAUCGUGUUCCGAACGUCCUUUGCAAAGCUUAACAUUGUUUGUAUUGAAGCACCGCCGGCUAGACUGCUCUCCAAGAGUCUGGUUAGCAAGCGGGUUGAGGCAUUGGCAAGAGAACAUGAAAUUCCACAGCCGACGAAGGACGAGCUGCAGAAGAGUUUGGGCAAAGCAUCCGAGCUAUCGACUCCCUGCCAUGCCGAGAUGCAGCUCCUCAUACACUUAGAAUGCUCUCUUGGGCCCAGCGCCAAACCAUUUCCCUAUUUGGGGUGCAGCAAAAAAGCAUGCUGGUUAUGCCACGAGCUGCUUUCGCGCUACAAGGACAAGAGGACGGACACGAAAGGCUUCUACCAGACGAGAGGUUCUCAUGGACGAGUCUAUCCGCUUUGGAAUAUCACGCUAGCAGCGUAUCCGCAGGCCGAUCAUCGCAUUCGUCUCGACCUCUCCGCUUCUCUCCGGGGCAUUGAGACUCUGAUGUUUGAGCGGCUUCGGACCGUCUCUCAGGACCGGCUGCCGGCAGUAGCCGAAUCCUCGGCAAAUGUUACCGUCACCGGUGGAGCGCUCAAGCGGCGCGCACUUGCAAAGUCGAGAGUGGCCGAGUCCACAAAGAAUUCGAAGGGGGCCGAAAGCCAGAUUCCAACUUUGAAAGACUCUGUAUGCUCCAAGACGUGCAUGCGGAUCCCUGCUAAUGGCGAACCUCCUCAUCUCCUCAGCAUCAAAUUCUACGAGCACCCCGGCGACCUACCCGGCCACGAGCCCGUAACGUUCCGCAUUCCCGACUUUGGCGCCUUCUGGAACGCUUCCAACUUCGACCGUGCCCACCGCCGGGUCACGGUAGAAGCACAACCCCUGGCGGAGCUCAACGGAGAGUACCUCUUGUACUGGUGCCGCAGCGAUGCCCUGCCCCCGAACGAGUGCCUGAUGUCUCUUCUCGGGUUGCAGUCUCUCCAGGCCGACGAGCAUUUCUGGCAUGGCGACGUUUUCAUCACGCGCUACCGCGAGGACGGCGAGUUCGAAUUCCACUGCGAGGACGUGCCUCGGGCAAGCCUGGACAAUAUGGAGUGGAUAAAGACUACGAUUCGCGCGUUUUGGGACCGCAGAGAGCCCGAGAAUGAAAUCCGGAGUUGGCAAAAGGUUGAUGCCCUCAACGAAAAGUUGAGCGCCGACAAGGAGAUAAUAUACAGUAAAAUGUCUGCAACAGAACGAGAGAAACUGAAAAAGGUGCCGGGAAUGUUAGACUUUCUAGCCUUUAUCUCUAGCGAUGACGGAGCAACAGAUCAAAGGGGCUGGAAGGGGUUCUCGAGCGACAGCCUCUGAUACUUCACGUGGUCGCUUGAGAAAAAUUGGUUCGCUUAUGGGAAGCCCACAAGGUUGCCCGG